AUGGAGAAUGUGGCAAUAUUUGACUCACCUGGAAAGGGCAGGGGUUUGAAGGCGACCAAGGAGUUUUGGGCUGGAGAUGUCAUUUUUUCUGAGCCCAGUCUUGCAGCUGUUGUGUUUGACAGUUUAACAGAACGCAUUUGCCACAGCUGUUUCCGCAGACAAGACAAGCUCCAGAGGUGCGGCCAGUGCAAAUUCGCUCAUUACUGUGACCGAACCUGCCAGCGUGCUGGCUGGGCUGAACACAAGCAAGAAUGUAGUGCCAUCAAAGCUUAUGGCAAAGUACCAAAUGAGAACAUCCGUUUGGUGGCUCGCAUCAUGUGGCGCCUUGACAAGGAGGGAAGCAUGGUGUCUGACAUGCAGCUGACCACACUGGAGGAGCUGGAGGACCACAUCGCUGACAUGCAACAGGAUGAGAUGAAGGAGCUCAAAGUGGACAUCCACAACUUCCUGGACUACUGGCCUCAAAACAACAAGCAGCACACAGUCGACGUCAUCUCGCAUAUGUUUGGAGUGAUCAACUGUAAUGGUUUCACUGUGAGUGACCACAGGGGCCUUCAGGCAGUGGGAGUCGGUCUGUUCCCAAAUCUGUGUCUAGUGAACCAUGACUGCUGGCCAAACUGCACUGUCAUCCUCAACCACGGCAAGAUUGAGCUGCGUUCUUUGGGUAAGAUCGCAGAGGGAGAGGAGUUGACUGUUGCAUAUGUGGACUACUUGAACUUGUCAGAGGAAAGACAGAGACUGCUGAAAACGCAGUACUUCUUUGACUGCACGUGCGAGCACUGCAAGAACCGCAUCAAAGAUGACCUGAAGAUGGGGGGAAGGGAAGUGGAUGGAGUCAAGCCUUCAGAGGAACAGGUGAAAGAGGCAACAGAUCAUUGCUUUCAAAUGCUGGAGAAGAUGGAUAAAGCUCGAUUAAAUGGAGACUACCAUGAGGUGGUGAAAAUCUGCAGGGAAUGCAUAGAGAAAGCAGAGUCAAUUUUGGCUGACACUCACAUCUACCUGCUGAGGAUGUGGAGCACGUUAAGUGAGGUGCAAGCUUAUCUCCAGUACUUCGAUGACGCAGCAGAGUACGCACGCAAAAUGGUGGAGGGGUACCUGAAGCUGUACCAUCCAAACAAUGCUGUUCUCGGUAUGGCUGCCAUGCGAGCAGGAGUGACUCACUGGCAAGCUGGACAGAUAGAGGUUGGACAUGGUAUGAUCUGUAAGGCCUAUGCCAUUCUCAUGGUUACACACGGUCCAACACAUCCUAUCACCAAAGACCUGGAGGCAAUGCGGGUGCAGACAGAAAUGGAGCUGAGGAUGUUCAAGCAGAACGAGUAUGUUUAUCACAGUAUGAGAGAAGCAGCUCUGAAGAACAAACCAAUGACCAUGAUGCACGAACCCAAGUCUGUAGAGGAGGGAAUCAAGAAUCUCUUCCAUCGGAGGAAGUAA